CCUCCAGCUUAGUUGGAGUUAAUUCCCAUUACACUGGACUCCACCCCUGUCUCCCAAAGGUAAAGCUAGGUUUUCAGGCAUCACUGCAAAGAGCAACUGGGAUUCCCAUCUCUGUCCGACAAGCUGUGAGAAGUGUUUUUUUUUUUUCUUUCUUUCUUCUCCAAUAUGAAUCAGAAGAAAGGGACCAAGUCAACCAGCCUUCAUGCUUAGAAGGCAAGAAGUCCACCAUGGAGCAUUGACUAUGCUUCUCAUAUUCUUACAAACUCCAGCAUAACAAGUAGAAGAAUUACCUCAUUGUGCCUAGUGACUAUAGAACCCUGAACUAGGCAGAAGAAAAGGACGAUGAAAAACAAUAUCACACAAAGAUCCAAAUGACAUUUGAGAGAAUGAUGUCCUCCAGAAGCAAGAGCCACAUGGCAUGCCUGUGAGAACCAGGACCUGCCAACCCAAUGAAAACGGGCCAGUGGAGCCUACAUCGUAACUUGUCGCCUUUGCUGCUGUGAAUCAUCUCCUCUUCCCAUCCUUUCAGAGAAUCCUGAGACCAUGAGGAGCAGCCUUACCCUGGUAGGCACCUUCUGGGCCUUCCUGUCCCUAGUUACUGCUGUGGCCAGUUCUACCAGUUAUUUCCUUCCUUAUUGGUUGUUUGGAUCACAGCUAGGAAAGCCAGUAUCUUUCAGCACAUUCAGGAGAUGCAACUAUCCUGUACGGGGAGACGGGCACAAUCUGAUCAUGGUGGAAGAAUGUGGGCGCUAUGCCAGCUUCUCUGCCAUACCAAGCCUGGCAUGGCAAAUGUGUACAGUGGUGACAGGUGCUGGCUGUGCUCUGCUGCUCCUGGUGGCACUGGCUGCGGUCCUAGGAUGUUGCAUGGAGGAACUCAUCUCUAGAAUGAUGGGACGUUGCAUGGGAGCUGCACAGUUUGUAGGAGGGCUGCUGAUAAGCUCAGGUUGUGCAUUAUAUCCAUUAGGAUGGAACAGCCCGGAGGUAAUGCAAACAUGCGGGAAUGUCUCCAAUCAAUUUCAGUUAGGAACUUGUAGACUUGGCUGGGCCUAUUACUGUGCUGGGGGCGGAGCUGCUGCAGCCAUGUUGAUCUGUACCUGGCUCUCUUGCUUUGCUGGAAGAAAUCCGAAGCCAGUCAUGUUGGUGGAGAGCAUCAUGAGGAAUACCAAUUCUUAUGCCAUGGAACUUGAUCACUGCCUCAAACCUUAAGCCUUAAAACAGAAUUUACUUCCCACUUACUUUAAACCUUAGAUGCUAUUCAAGAGCAGUUCUAUCCAGAGGUACUAGGAGAUGCACUAAUCUGGUUCCCAUCCAUUCUUAUGCAUGGUUCUCCCUCGAAUAUUUAUUGUUACCCACUAUCUCGAGUAUUACUAUGCAAAACUUUUGUGACUUUCUCAGGCCUACACUUCAUCCUAUUUUCCUCUCUCCUCAUGCAUGAGAAAGCUUGGUGGAAGGGUAACUUCUAGUGGGGAAAACACUAAUCAUGUUUGCUUGCAUAUAGUCUGGGGCACAUUUAGAAUGGUCAUAGGAUUUAAUUUUCUAAUCUUUCUGGGCAAUUGGUAUCAAAAUAUAAUGGCAAGUGUUUCCCAAUCCCUUCUAGAUAUGGAAAUGUUGUUCAUUGUAUGUUUGGAGUAAAGUCUAACAUUUGUGAGGUGUUCAAUAAAUAUGCAAUCAUAGCA